ACAUAACGAGCCAUGUGAACUCCGCGUGCAUGUUUAAACUGCAAACUCACGGAGAGCAUGUCAUACUCGCCAGGAAAUUAGCAUUCCAAACAUCUGGAUGGAGUGGCCGUGGAGAGGUUGACCCCAAAUUAACCUCUUGACUUAUGACGUAUUAAAUUGUUGAAAAAAACUGUUGAAGAAACAGCCGAAGCUCAGGAUUAGGAAGUGCAGGUGAUUGGGAAGUGCAAAGGAUAUUUUUGUGUGGAAAAAUUGUUUCAUCUGUUGAUUCGGAUCAGUCAUCUUAUUUCGUUGUACAGAGACUCAAACUGUGAGAGAGACGACGCCCAUCGUAAGCUUAUUCAACCUUCCCGUCUCAUGGUGGCUCCCCGUCUUGCAACCUCACAAAGGUCACCGUACUCAGCUAGGGGGGAAACAAACUAAAACGGCGUGGUGACGUCACGUGUGAAAGUGCCAGAGGUCAGGGGUCCCGUAUUUGCCCCUUGAAGGAUGACCGAACCGAUGUGAUGGACGAGACUGGAAACCGAACCGGGGGUCGACGCGUGUCCCGACAGAUGUCGCACGGGCUGGUGGUACCCGCCAUAGUGCGGGUGGAUGGACAAGACUUGCACCCUGCUAGAGUGGAGGGCACCAGUGACGUCUUCCGCGCUCCUAUGUUUGAACUGGUGAAGUCGAGGUGGGUUCCAGAUGAGGAGGUCAAUGCCUGUGCCCUGUGCGGCGCGAAGUUCAAUCAGUUACGGCGACGACACCACUGCCGCCAGUGCGGCCUCAUCUUCUGCGCCAAGUGCUGUAAAGAAAAGAUUCCGCUUCCACAGCUGGCUUGUGAGGAACCAGAAAGAGUCUGCGAACAGUGCCGCCCGGUCGCUGAAUUCGUCACCAAAUGCAGGUCUCCACAUCUGCCCUUCCAGCUAGAAAGUGCGAAAGGCUUAGCACAUGCCACCAAGGAUCCAAAAAAAGUCGGCAAGGUUGUGGAACUGGGCGGCGUCCAAGCUCUCAUUACGCUUUCCAUUAUUGACAACGUUCAAAUCCGGCGUCACGUGACCGCCGGCCUGCACGCACUUUCCACGCGUCCCGCGUUGCACACGAUGCUGGCUGAGGCUGGCGCCGUCAAAGCUGUAUGUAGGAUACUAACAGGAGUCAAGAACGGCGAAGAUGAGACUCUUUGUGACGGAAUCAGCGCUCUUUUAAUCUUCUGCAAGUCACCGGAACUGAGGGGCAAAGCGCUGGACGAUGGCGCCCUGGGGCCGGUGUUGGAGCUGUGCACCCACCCGAGUCAGGCGGCGGCGCUACUCGCGCUCAGCACCCUGGCGCACAUCGUGGACAACCCGGGUACACACGACACCAUCGUCAGCAGCCCCAAAAGAGCGCUACCCCGCAUUCUGGCCCUCACCGCCUCCGAUGAUGAACAGAUGCAGGAAGUUGCGCUGAAAAUUUUGGCCCAUCUUUCGACUGGAAACGAUGAAAACAAGCACAGGAUAGUUCAGGAAGACUUUACCAGUGGCCGAAGUCUGCACAAAGCUUUGAACAGAAAACCUAAAAGCGAGCAAGUCCUGUGUAAUGCUGCCUGCCUUGUAGCCAACCUAGCCACGGGUCCUGACGAUCAGGGUGGCCUCCAGGAGCUAAUGGUCUUAUCCGGGGAUCUUCUCACGAAGGGACCAGCCAGCAGUGAGCUGCUGUGCCAUCUUACUCGUGCCUUGGCCAACUUCGCGAGGUUCAGGCAGAACAGCAACAGACUUAUGUUGUAUCUUCCCACGGUGGUCAAUAACUGCUUGAGGUCCGCCAUACCUACAGUCCGCACCCAUGGACUGCGUUUCCUGCUGUCCCUCCUGACUGUGAUGCCUGCUCAGACCACAGAACUUCUCCUCAAAAAUGGCGCAGAGGAAGUGUUCAAAGCUUUGGGCGUUAUACCGGGCUUGAUGGAAGCUGUCAUGAUGCCUUUAUUGGCAGAGGCACCUGAAAAAGUUAAGCCACUCUGAACAUAAACUGCAUCAGGUGUACAGGAAACCAAUCUAUUCAUUUGCUGGGAUUUCAUACUUCAGCUUCCUCUAAAACUUCAAUGCCUUUGCCCCAAUUUUUAUUUUGUUAAUGUUGCUUUGUUGAGUAAAUGUUUUUCCAGAUGCUAAAAAAAGUGUGCAUCUGAGCUGCUUUUGUAAUAUAAAGCGUUUGCAACACAAUAUUAAUCCAUUGAACUGAUUCAUGUCCACAAUUUCACAUUUUAAAAAGACUGAUGUGCACAGGUCAAACUGUAUCCGGCCAAUCCUACUUUUAUAUAAUUUGAAUGUUUACAUCAAAUAAAAUAUUACAUGCAGUCACAUAGCUAUAAAUACUUUAUAUUUUUCUAAAAAUAAAGAUAUACAUUUCAUCAUAAAUUGUACUAAAAUUACUCUAGCCUCUGUUUUCGUUGUUUUUCUCAUCUCACUUGUAUUUACUUUUUACUGAUAUCAUUGUUACGUUACCUUCUUUUUGCACUUUUUCUACUGAUCCGAAAUACAACUGAUUAAUCUCGACCCAUAGUUUACAAUAAAUGUGCAUGUUUCUAUUUACACAAACCAUCUGCACAAUCUUAGAUUAGUCCCAUAUUGCACUAUAGUAUAGUGACUAUACCAUUAAUCGUUUUCAUAAAUGUCAUUCAUUUGAUGUCGUUUUCAUAAAAUGACUGCAAACUGUACUUUUCACCUAGAAAUAUUUAAAAAUCUUCAAAUAGACAUACCCACCUUUUUAAUGCUGCCUUUCUAAGAAUAACAAUACUAGAAGUUUCUCUUGUGCACUUUUAUGAGUUUUAAAGCUAGCUACACCAAAAUUAAGCUGAUGGAUGAGUACUUGUUAAAAUUUAGUUUUUUAUAUUAUUGUGGAUACUUCACAACAGUCAUUAGGUAGUUAAGUGGUUUAUAAUGAAAAUAGGAAGAGGGGCUAGACCAUAGAAUAGGUCUUUGAAAGCAAGUUGUCUGUAAAAGGAAAACAUUAAUGGAAUGAUAUUCAGUUUGACAAGUAACAAUAGAAACAAAAGCAAGGCAGGGCAAAAGAAAAAAAGGAUUUAUGGAUAUAUAUAUAUACUGUAUAUGUGUGUGUGCACGGCAACAUGCAAAGAAAGAUUUUAGCACUAUUUAUAGCCCCCAAUCCCAGGUAUGUCCCAUAGCCCCAGGAUCACAGCAGCGUCAGUAGCGAUGGCCAGACUCAAUAAAAUUUGGAAUAGCAGAAAA